AUGGUGAUGCAGUCCUCCUGCCUUGGCACUGUGGGAAAACCUGUUUGUUGGAAUGUGUCCCCUCCCGUUCAUAUCUCCAACGGAGGAGGACUGCAAGAUCAAUACAGGAUGGUCAAAACCCAAGAUAGAGUUCAGAAAUUAAUGGAGGAAUUAAAUCCUAAGUUUAAUUAUCACCCUAUAGCACUUCCUGGACCUCGAGAUGCUACUUUAGACUUUUCUGUUUUUUCCAUACUGGAAAGUGCCCAUAAAAUCCUAAACACUACUAAUCCUUCAUUGGCACAAAAUUGUUGGUUGUGCCUAAAAAUAGGGGUGCCUGUGCCCAUGGCCCUCCCUCAGCAACAUGACCUUACAUUCAGCAAUGCCUCCUGUGUAAUUAUCCCACCAUUGCUAGUGCAACCAGUAUUAUUCCAUAACGCCACUUGCCUCUACUCAACUCCCCACAACGACAGUUUUGGGAUAGACCUAGGAUUUGCCUCCUCUUUCGCUAAUUGCAACUUCACUCACAACUAUACAUCCCCUAUCUGCUCUAGUAAUAACACUGUUUUUGUAUGUGGCAAUAAUAGAGUUUAUACUUAUCUCCCCGCCAAUUGGACGGGGCUGUGCACCCUGGCCUUCCUUCUCCCGGAUAUCGGUAUCAUUCCUGGAGAUGAGCCUGUCUCCCUGCCCAGUUUUGAUUACAUAUCCAGCCGAUGUAAACGGGCAGUUCAAAUUGUUCCCUUACUGGUCGGCCUAGGGCUGGCUACAGCAAUUACUGCAGGAUCUGCAGGAUUGGGUGUAUCCAUGACCCAGUAUAAUAAGCUCUCUAGACAACUAAUUGCUGAUGUACAAGUUCUUUCCAAUACUAUUCAAGACAUCCAAGAUCAGGUGGACUCCUUGACAGAAGUUGUCCUACAAAACAGACGAGGCCUUGACUUACUCACCACCAAGCAGGGAGGAAUCUGUUUGGCUUUACAGGAGCGGUGCUGUUUCUAUGCGAAUAAAUCCGGUGUUGUCAGAGACAAGAUCCAAAACCUUCGAGAGGACUUGGAGAAAAGAAGAAGGGAGCUUGCUGAUAACCCCUUUUUCACUGGAUUCCAUGGACUUCUGCCUUAUAUUCUGCCCCUCUGACCUAUUCUGGGAUUGUUGAUUCUGGUAUCUCUGGGCCCUGUUCUGUUUAAUAAAGUCAUGGCAUUUCUGAGGCAGCAAAUAGAUGCUAUCAAAAUGCAGCCUAUCCAGGUCCAUUAUCACUAA